AUGGACCCCCACAAUCCACCUGCGAACCAGGGACAGCAGCAGAAUCGCCCACAGCCUGUUUAUGACGUAUCUCGCGGCGGCCAUUAUGGCGCCAGUGCGGCGCUUUCGCAGCAGGGCUACGCCCCGUCAGAGCUCUACACGGGCCCUUGGGCAAAUGUACACCAAGGACUCACAGGAUCGUACAAGGACAUCCUGACGACGUACUGGCAGCAGACGAUCACCCACCUCGAGAGCGACAACCAUGACUACAAGCUGCACCAGCUUCCCCUCGCGCGUAUAAAGAAGGUUAUGAAGGCCGACCCAGAGGUUAAGAUGAUCUCGGCCGAGGCACCAAUCUUGUUCGCCAAGGGCUGUGACAUCUUCAUCACUGAGCUCACGAUGCGCGCAUGGAUACACGCUGAGGAGAACAAGCGCCGCACCCUGCAGCGGUCCGACAUUGCGUCCGCCCUGGCCAAGUCCGACAUGUUCGACUUCCUUAUCGACAUUGUUCCGCGCGAGGAAGCCGCCAGCCAUGCGAAGCGCGGACCAGGCAAUGCACCCGGCACCGUUGCUGGACCCGGUGGCGGUCCUGGUAGCGCAGAUGCUGCCGCCGCAGCGGCAGCUGCAGCUGCAGCUGCAGCAGCACAGCAGGGAGUUCCGCCUGGAGCUUCGGCGGCCGGCCAUCCUCUGGCUGACUACUCUAUGGCGUCGCAGAACCUCGGCGGCGAAGCCGACUAUCGACAGGCACCGAAUAUGUACCCGGUGCAGGGCCAGCCGGGUGCAGCUCCCGGAUACGGUCAGCCACAGGGGCCGAUAUAUGGCGAAAUGGACCCAAGCAUCUACAGUGGCUACACGAUGCAGCCUCAACAGGUCGGUGAUACAGUUAUCCCGUGA